UAAUAUUCCACUUACCAGCGGCUAGGGUAGGACUCGGAGGAUAUCGUUUCACCGAGGCGGCAGCGGAAAAAAAUAGAGCUGAAUGUUGUUGUAAACCCAACAUUAACUAGCUAUAUUAUAAACACUUUUGUUGUAAAUAAAGCAGUACAUUUGUGUUACCGUUAUAUAUUUAGUUUACGAUGUCUACUCCGGCAAGAAGACGAUUGAUGAGAGAUUUUAAACGGCUCAAGGGGAACCUGGUGAGGGCGGGUCUUCCGGUGCCAGUACCCCAUGCAAGUUUUCAGAUGUCCCUUAAGUCCAAACACUUGAAAAAUGGCCAAAUCUUUUACAUCCUUACACUCAGGUGAAAGCUCUUACUGCGUAUCUUACGUAACCAAGCUUCACAUGCGUAGGUAAUUGCUCUUUAUCAAAAAACAACAGGCCCGACAGACGUUCUUCUUGUUCACCCAGGGGAUCAGACGCUGUGCAUCAACCACACCAGGAAUUCAAUUCAGGUUACAAGAAGACCCUCCGGCUGGCGUCAGUGGUGCCCCUUCCGAAAACAACAUAAUGGUGUGGAAUGCAGUCAUAUUCGGCCCAGAAGGGACACCUUUUGAGGACGGCACAUUUAAGCUUACUGUUGAGUUCACAGAAGAAUACCCUAACAAACCCCCCACAGUACGAUUUGUGUCAAAGAUGUUUCAUCCAAAUGUGUAUGCAGAUGGCAGUAUAUGUCUAGACAUUCUGCAGAAUCGAUGGAGUCCAACCUAUGAUGUGUCAUCCAUUCUUACCUCUAUUCAGUCUCUGCUAGACGAACCAAACCCCAACAGCCCAGCCAACAGUCAGGCGGCCCAGCUUUACCAAGAAAACAAGAGGGAGUACGAGAAGCGUGUGUCGGCCAUUGUAGAACAGAGCUGGAGGGACAGUUGACCACAUCCUCUCCCUUCUGGCCUUCUCUAUCACCAGCGCUGAGCUGUGUGUGAUGCGAGUUUGAGUAGUACAUCUUAAUUUAGAUUUUUUUUGUUUCUUCCAUUUUAAUUUGACAUAUUUAUGCACUUUACCUGUCCCUUGUUGAACAUUUUUUUUCCUAACACGCUUGGAGUGGAGUUUUUGUUAUUUUUUCUGUCUCUCUCCUGUUUUGGCUUAUCAGGGGACUUAUGUGCUGAAUCUUGUUUUUGUCGCCACCGUCUUCAAUUGAGGACAAUUUUUGGACGUCAAUUACCUGCCUCCUCCCUUCCCACACUGAAAUAAAUUAGUUGGACUGAUGUGUAA